UUUUGGUAUUAUAAUAAAUGUUGCCGAUAUUGUGUGUGGAUAAAAAUCUGCAACUAGACAUGAAAACAUGCUUAAAGACGUGCAUAGCAAAACAUACAAGAUUUAAACCAUUUAUUUACAAAUUGUGAAAAGUUCCAAAUCAACGUUUGUGUGUUUAAAACCACAAUGCACAAGAAAUAGAACCUCUUCUUCCAACAUCUCCGGUCUUUGUAUACGCCUCCCUAUUCCUCUCUUGUGCGAUCAUUAGAACCAGGAACCAAAAUGGCGGCACCAGACCUGGAAUCUUUCAGGAGAAGUAGCAUGUUCGAUGGCUCGUUUAGACAAAGCUUAAGAGAUGGGCUACUCCCACAACAGACCAGUGACUAUUCCUAUAUGUUUGAAGACAGAACUCACGCCCGUUGCUGCUCCUACAGGUUAUACAUCUACAUACAAUCUCUCCUUCUUUCCAUAUACUCCAUUGACCAAAUACUUUCAAAGCCCUUCUAUCGAUUCUGAUACCUCUUGGAGUCCAAUCUCAAACGGUCUGUAUUGAAAUUCUAUGGGCGUUGUUUUCAGGUACUUCUCCGACAAGAUCACUGGGUUUGUGAAGAAAUCAAAGGAUGUUUUGGUUACGGCGUGGGAGAUGGGAACAACGGACCCGAGGAAGAUUAUAUUCUCAGCCAAGAUGGGUUUGGCUCUGACACUCGUUAACAUUCUCAUCUUCUUUAAGCUCCCAGGAUCAGAGCUCAGCAACCACUAUCUCUGGGCAAUUCUCACAAUAGUUGUCAUCUUCGAGUUCAGUAUAGAUCUAUGCAACAGACUUAACACGCAUCAAACUUUAACACGCAUUACCUGAUGUGAAAAUCCUCUCUUCUUUGUGCAGGAGCCACCUUUAGCAAAGGAUGCAACAUAGGACUAGGAACGUUAUCCGCAGGAGCUUUGGCGCUUGGCAUGGCUGAGGUAUCCUAUAUGACUGUAAAAUGGGCAGAGGUUUUCAGUACUGCUAGCAUCUUCGUAGUAGGUAUAUACAUAAAACUUCCACCUUUGAAUCUCAUUCUGAUUCCUGACAACAUCUUGUGUAUCAGCCUUUUUGGGGACUUAUGCAAAGCUAUAUCCAACGAUGAAGCCCUAUGAGUACGGAUUCCGAGCGUUCUUGCUGACCUAUUGCUACGUAAUAGUGUCGGGAUACAGAACAGGGGAGUUCAUGGAAACAGCUGUCUCAAGGUUCCUUAUGAUAGCACUUGGUGGUAGCAUUGGCCUCAUUGUGAACACUUGCAUUUAUCCCAUAUGGGCCGGGGAUGAUCUCCACAACUUGAUCGCAACGAACUUUGUGAAUGUCGCCACUUCUUUGGAAGGUUUAUUACUUCAUCACUACUCUCUCUGACUUUGGCAGUCUGAUUCUUUGUCAAAUCCAAUCCAUACAGGUUGUGUGAAUGCAUAUCUCAAUUUCGUGGCAUACGAUACAAUGCCAUCGAUGAUUCUGGUAUAUGAAUCUGUCACUGACGAUCCAGUCUACACUGGCUACAGAUCAGCUGUUCAAUCCACACAAGCCAAGAAGACACUCUGGUAGGGAUUCUCUUCACUCAUCCAAACACAUAAGUAACACAAGCAUACUUCAGAUUCUCACAUCAUAUCUCCUCUUUUGUUUGAUGUGAAUAGAUGGGUUUUGCUGGAUGGGAGCCACCACACGGUCCAUACAGAUCAUUCAGAUACCCAUGGAAGAUGUACAUGGCUGCAUUCUCUCUGAGAUUCAGGUACAUUCACAACACUUAAACAACUUCAGCUCUAAAGAGAGAGAGUCUGAGACAGUAGUAUGCAGGCCCCAGAGGAGAAAAGAGAAGUCUUUCGUAACGAGCUUCAAAGGGUCGGCAUCGAAGGAGCAAAAGUAGUAAGACUCAUAGGCCAAAAGCUGAAGAAAAUGGAGAGACUAAACCCUAUAGAAAACAUCCUCCACGAGAUUCACAAAGCAGCUGAAGAGCUUCAGAGCAAAAUCGACGAUAAAUCGUACCUUCUCGUGAAGGCUGAGAAUUGGGAGAUCGGGAACCCGUUUAGAGAUGCGACGGAUGAACUCGAAAAAUCGGAUCUAAGCCAGAUCUCAAUUGAAGAUAUGUGGCUGGCGCCAGAGGGUGAGGAGGAGUCGAGGAUGUACAAGAGCGCGAGUGAUCUGUCUUUAGCUACGUUCGCUUCGCUACUGAUGGAGUUCGUCGCGAGGCUGGAGAAUCUCGUGAAUGCGUACGAUGAGCUCUGCGUAGUCGCCCAUUUCGAAGAGCCAAUUUGUUGA